GGAGCGAGGCGUGUGGCUGGGCUUGAGCGACGUCGACUCUCCGGGGAAACUGCUCUGGGUGAACGGAUCUGAGGCUCAGGACGGGGAGGAGGGCCAGCAGCCGCGCUCGUCCAUCUCCGGCGGAAACGUGUGCGUGUCCUUUGAUCAGAGCGGUCAGACCAGCUCUCACCUCUGCGACUCCAAGAGGGCUUAUGUUUGCCAAUACAACCCCCACGUGCGCGUUCCAGAUGCCGGAGUGUACCUGCUGGGAAUGGCCGUCUUUCCCUCCGACCAUCCGUUAUUCCAUUUACCAGCCACUCUGCUCUCUGCUCCACAGUCUCUGAGCAGCGUCAUAGAGAUGCUGAUGUUUCCUGUGAUGAGCUUUGUUCAGGCUGGCCGUCUGUCGUCUUUGGAGAUCAUCGUCCAGGAGCAAAGCUCUACAGUCCACAUCAGAUUCCAGACCUACAGACCCAAAUGUCCCGGCCAGCACCUGCUGCUGCCCAGUUGCGGCGGUCCGGCUUGUUCUCCGGUGGCGGUUUGUGUCCCCAGUCAAACACUGAUCAAAGAUUCGCCAUCGUGCCCCCCGGCACAGCAGUGGUGUCCCUUCCAGGGUCGUUGCCUGGUUCUGUCCCAGCCAUGCCACCCGUCCUCCUGUACUAACUGCACUCGGGGUCACCACCUGCCACCAGGAACGUCGAGGCCUCAGUACACCUUAAAGAAUGAAAUUGUCUUCACUCUCUCAUCAGGACCAGCGCGUGUAUUGCAGAUACAAGACCAGCUGGAGGACAUCCUGGUCUCACCCGGCGACGUAAUCGCUCUGCAGCACGACGGCGGCCCAUCAGCUCUUCUUCAUUGUCAGUCGUCUCAGCAGUCGCCGUGGCGACAGCCGGUCCUAGCCCUGAACUUGUCCGAGUGGUUCUGGAUGAACGACACCAGACAGUCAGCAGAUCUCCCAGAUCUGAAUGUGGAGAAUUUUAUAAGGAAUGGUGAGGGCGGCUGGCUGGAGGAGGAAAGCUGCUGCAUCAGAGUGCUGUACGUGGGACAGAACAGGACCCAGCUGCAGGGAGCCCAGCUGUCUGCUGGUUUACCCCAGCCUGGACUCUACAGCCUGCUGGUUUCCACCACUGAACCAUCAUACCCAUCUUCAGCAUCCUGUCCGCUCAGAGUCGUACCUCCCCUCGGUUUGACGAUCCUCCACCCUCCUCUGAACAACGGCACGGUCUACAUGCAGCCCAACGACACCAGGCUGGUACUCAGCGUGCAGUCCCCCUACGAGACGAGGGUAUCGCGACGAGGCAGCAGUGUCUCUGUGGCCUUCCAGUCGAAAUGCCCUGCUGAGGUUUUGUCCAGCCCGGCUGUCUGUGAUACCGGGUGGAAGUCGGGUUCAGCAGCCGAAGCCUGUGAACCCGUCUUGUAUGCGGUGCUAGAUCUGAGUUUGGGAGAAGAGGAACAGAGAGGCCAAGUGCAGGUGGAGCUGGAGGCGCAUAAUAAUGUGACGGAAGCCACCCUGCCUUUGGUCGUCCACUUGGAAGACCCACUCGAAGGGCUAGUGGUGCAGCCAGACCCAGAACACAGGGUCCUGAUGGAGUCCGUUGUGAGCUACACUGCGUCGGUGCUUAAAGGUUCUAAUCCCACAUUCAAGUGGACUGUGGAUGAUAAGCCCUACUUCACUUACUUCAACAGUGUUCUCAACGUGAUCUACCAGAACGCUGCCAUCUACAAGCUCACAGUGACGGCCUCAAACCAUGUCAGCACACUGACGAAGCACUUCAACAUAACUGUGGAUCGACUGCAGCCGAUGGCCAACCUCACAGUCAAGGGGGUGCCGGAUGUGGUUCCUCAGGGGUCCAAUCAGACACUCACCACCUCUGUGCUCGUGGACAUGUCGGUGCCAGCCACAUUCCGAUGGUCCUUUGGUGACGGUGGAUACGAGGAAUUUGAGGCAAAGCCUCCAUAUUCUCCGUCUCUCCUCUGUAAAGACUCCCCUAACCAAGUCCUCUUGAGCAAAAACAUCACCUAUAUCUACUCUCAGCCAGGUAUCUACACAGCGCAGGUAUCCGUAUCCAAUCGCUAUGACAACAUCAGCCAGAGCAUCAACAUGAGUGUUUACAGCAUCCUGACUCAUGUCGACAUACAAACAGAGCGACAGUUCGUGCUUUUGGGCCAGUCGUCCUUCUUUGAGGCCCACCCUCUGCCUUCGCCGUAUGGUAUUCACUACGAUUGGAACUUUGGGGAUGGCACCGCCCUCAAAGGUCGCCGGGUGCCACACACCUUCGCACAGAGCGGCAACUUCAACGUCUGUGUGUCAGUGAACAACACCAUCAGCUUCACGUCGACCUGUGCAGAGAUAUUUGUCUACGAGGAGAUCGAGGGUCUGACAGCCAAAAGCUCCUCUCCCACAGAGCUCCAAAGCCCCACCAAGGUGUGGGCACAGCUCAGUUCUGGCAACAACAUCACAUGGAUUUUCUCCAUGGGGGACGGCACCGACCCUAUAAUCACAUCUCAGCCUAACAUAUCGCACAACUACGUCAAAGAGGGCAACUACACGGUGAAUGUGACCGCAAUGAACGCAGUGAGCUUUGGCUGGAUGCCCCUCUCCGUUCACGUGUACGUCUUCCAAGUCAUUAGGAUGGAGCCUUCAGGAUGUGUCCAGGAGCGGACCAAAGUCAACUUUCAGGCCUGGGUAUCCGGCAAUGCAACGAUUCACCAUUACAAUUGGAGUUUUGGGGACGGGAGCCCCAAUGAGACGGUUCAGGGCAACUCCAGCGUCUCACACACCUACCAGCAGAAUGGGAACUACCACCUCUCUCUGCUUCUCUCCAGUGGAGUCAACAAAGCCACCAAGGCUAAUUUCUUCAACUGGGUGUGUGUGCAGCCAGCUGUGACUAAUGUCAGCAUCUUCCCUGAAAAAUCACACUACGCAGUUGGAGAAGAAGUACAUCUCAAAGUGACUGCUGAGCCAGAGUUCAAUUACAGCUACCAGUGGGACUUUGGUAAAGGGGAGGAUCCAUUUUUCACCCAUGGCUCUGGAAAUGUAGCAAAGUAUAAAAAGUCAGGUCACUAUGUGAUAACUGUUCAUGUUUUCAACAACAUCUCUGCCAAUAACGCGAGUGUUGCCAUUGACGUUCUGGUUCCCAUUGGACCGAUCUUGAUUCGUCACAAUGGGACAAAGCACAACAACUUGACACGAGGAGCUCCCUACACUUUCACAUCCUCUUCCCUGGCCUCCGAUGUUACUUACACGUGGAGUUUUGGAGAUGAGCAAGUGCUUACUGGCCAGAGUAUCCUCAUUACAUUCAACAUCUCUGGGAAGUACAACAUCACACUGAAAGCUGCCAAUAGUGUUAGUCAGAAUGAGACUUUUCUACUGGUUUCUGUGUUUGCGCCGAUUUUAAGACUGAAAGUGAACGCUAGCUUAGUAAAUGUCCCCUUGAAUGACUCGGUCGACUUUGAGGCCUACAAGGAGGAUGGAGACAGUGUAGACUACUCCUGGAUUCUGUGUGACCGCUGCACCCCGAUCCCAGGGACCAACAAAAUGUUCUACACCUUUCGCUCCAUUGGCACCUUCAACAUCAUUGUGAUAGCGAAGAAUGGCGUGGGAACAGCAAAUGCAAGCAUCUCCCUGUUUGUCCAACGGAAGCUGGAGGGCCUGCAGAUUUUGGCAGAGGACAUCAAAGGAGGCGGAAGCGCAGCGCUGGAAAGCUGUUGCUAUGCAACAAACAGCGUUCUUCACCUUCAGGCGGGAUUGAAGGAGGGCACCAACAUGACAUUUAGCUGGAACGUUGUCAGAGAGCAGGAUACCGUCAGCUCAUUCAACACGAGUGGGAAAAUGGUGGAGCUGAAUUUCUCGAAGCCAGGUCCCUGUAACAUCUUUCUAAGAGCGGAGAACCUCCUGGGUCAUCUUUUGGUCAACAAAACCAUCUACUUUUUUGAACCACCUUCUGGUGUCGACCUAAAGAUCAGCAACAACCCAGUUGCCACUGGAGCGUCAACAAACCUGACAGUCGAGGUCAUGACAGGUUCAGAUCUACAGUAUCGGUGGUCUGUGAAUGGAAAGAAUCAGCCGUCGACCGAGCCCUGGUUGGCCUACACCUUCGAUAGUCCAGGUCGAAAAGAAGUUUCAGUGGAGGUGUUCAAUAAAGUUAGAUCAACGAAUAAGUCAAAGACCGUCGACGUCCAAGAUAUAAUUUCUGGCUUAAGCUUCUCAAGAUCCGAUGACAAUAACCGGAAUCAUGUUGAAACAGGAGUUGGCAUCAAAUUGGAGGGGGAGGUGAAGACGGGAACUGAUGUGAGGUGGACGUGGCUGGUGGAAGGAACUACUAAAUCAGAAAGGCAAACUUUUCUCAAUUUUUCUGAGCCUAAAACAGUCACCGUUACUCUGAACGCCACCAACGACGUCAGCACUGAGGCCUUUUCAAGGGAGUUCUUUUUUCAGGACAGGAUUAAAGUGGAACUGAAAGCGAGUAAGGACUAUGCGGCAGUUAACGAAAAGGUGGAGUUCACACCUCUUCUGAUAGGGGGUACGAACGUCAGUCUGACCCUCACCUUCAGCCCUGAUGCAGAAAUCAACCCGGAGCCAAACAAAACCUACACUCACGCCUUCAGCAAGGUGUACACUUACUACGUGAAUCUGCAGGGAUGCAACAAGGUAUCCUGUCAUAAUUACAAACUUCAUAUAGAAGUUGUGGAGCCGGUGAGUGGGCUUUCCAUCCAGGGAGUCACCAAAGCCAUCUCUGUGGGCGAGACAAAGUCGUACACGGCCAACAUCGAGAAGGGGGAUCCCGUUAGUUUCGUGUGGACGUUUGAUCUGAAUCAAAAGAAGGACACAGUUGUGGGCAAACAGGUACACUUCACUGCAGACAAGCCAGGCCUGUUGAUCAUCUUUCUGAGGGCUGUAAACAACGUGCAAGAUCAGAACAUCACUGAGUACAUACAAGUGCAAAACCGGAUGAGCUCCGCCGAGCUGUAUGCGGUGCCGCAGGAUACUUUUGUCAACAAGACAAUCACUUUGAUGGCCCAUACUACGCCCACGUCCAGCCCAGUGGACUGCCUCUGGGACUUUGGGGACGGUUCUGUGAGAGUUGCCACCAAGACCACCGCCACCACUGUGCGCUACAGUCAUCCAGGAAAUUAUCUGGUCCAAGUGAACUGCAGCAACCUGGUGAGCUUGGUUUUGGCCGAGGUGGAGGUAAACAUCAGAGUACUGGAGUGCGAGGAGCCAGAAGUGCAGAUCUCUCAGUCCCGCCUGGUGGUCUGGCGCUCCCAGCCCAUUUCAGUGGAAGCCAGCAUGGACUUGAAGGGCUGCGUGCGCUACGGAGUUCAGUACCUCUGGCAGGUGUUCUCCAAGUUGACCUGCGAAGACAAAUUAAUGAAAGAGAGACCUUUACCUCCCGCGCCGGAGUCUCGGUUUCCUCCCAGCCGAGCCGUCCGCCUGCCUGUGGAGGUGGAUGUGCGGCGGCUACAGCUGCAGCUGCCAAAGAUGGCUUUGGCAGCAGGGAACUACUGCUUAGUGUUCUCUCUGUCGUACGAAGGCGUGCCGCUACGGAAAGCUGCCUGUCUGCAGCUCAGUAUAAUGACUGCUAAGUUGAAGCCCAUUAUUGAAGGAGGAACCCGCCGGGUGUGGUCCAGGACACGGGACCUGCAGCUCAGUGCAGAGCAAUCCUACGACCCCAACAUGGACCUAGACAACCAGUCUCUGCUGCGUUACCUCUGGGAGUGUGAAAGCACCUCUAAGGGUCCGGAGCACUGCUCCAGCCUGCACUUCAGCCUCGGUACGGAUCCGGUGUUGGGAGUCUCCGGCUCGGAGCUGGAGGCAGGCGUGGAGUACACCUUCAAACUAACCAUCAGCAAAGACGGCAUGGCACCAGAGUCCACUACUCAGACUGUGCUUGUGCAGAGCGGCGACAUUCCCAUGGUGUAUCUGGAGUGUGUGUCCUGUAAGGCCCAGUCCAUUUACGAGGUCAGCCAGAACUCGUUUGUCUCCCUUAAAGGAACCUGCACCAACUGCCAGGGCUCUCAACGAGGGCGCUGGAGCGCCAUGACGCUGCACAAUGAGACUCUGGUCCUGGACUCGUCCUCCACCACCACUGGGAGCGACGGCAUGAACCUGGUGCUGCGGCAGGGAGUCCUGAGGGACAAAGACUCCUACAUCUUCACUCUGCAUGUGACCGACAGCAGUCUGGAUGGUGAGGGAGCUGCGUCCAUCAUACUGCACCACAACAUGCCCCCAGAAGGCGGGGAGUGUCACCUGACAGGAGCAGGGGAGGCGGGAGUGCUCUACGGGGACGGAGACGGCUGGAGGAUCCGGACGCUGCUGGACCAGGUGCAUUUCAACUGCUCAGGGUACAGUGAUCUGGGCGUCUCAGAAAUCCCGUUCCUGUACAGCCUGCUGGUGACACGGUGCAGAGAGGAUUACUGCGAGGAUUUCUGCAUUUACAAAGGCAGCAACCCGGAGCACUCAGCCUUCCUGCCCCCGGGCUUCCGCUCAGCUCGACACCGCGUGUCCGUGUCCAUCACGGUGGAGGACCACCAGGGUGCUGCCAACCUCGCACUUAACAAGACCAUUGAGGUUGUGCUGCCAGAUCUUCCUCCCGAGUACAGCAGCCUUCCUCACUGGCUGUCUGAGAUCACCGACAGCAAGCUGAAGAGGCUGCUAGAGCAGGGAGACUCCCAAAGGGUCCGAGAGUUAUCGCUGGCUCUCAUUACGGUGCUGAACGAGUACGAACAAACCAGGGAGUCUUCACGCGUGUCCCGAGACGAGCGCGACUACAGAGUCCGAGUCCGCAGCAACAUCACCAGAGCGCUGACUGCUCUCGACCUGAACACCGUCAGCGACAUCCAGCAGACGUCUGCCGCUUUGGCGCAAUGCACGGCUGUGAGUCGAGAGUUUAUCUGCGAGGAGUGUCAGAACAGCACGCUGAACAAGCUGGAGUCAAUGCUGGAGAUUCUGCAGACGGACACCAAGCAAGGCACGGUGCCCCCGACAGAGAUAGCCGAUAACAUCCUAAACAUCAUGGGUGAUCUGAUCCAUCAGGUCAGCCAGUCGGCCUCCCAUUUUAACUUCCAGCCCGGCUAUGUGGACACUCCUUCUCCCUUCUCCACCUUCUCCUCCUCUUCAUCGUCGUCUGUUGAUCAUGAUAACACCCUGAUGGACGCCCCGUCCUCCUCCCUGGACCCUCACCCUCUGCGCGUGGCGGCGAAGGCCUACAGCCUGUCCUCCGUCCUCAUGCUGAUUCUCAUGCACGCCCGGGUGCUCAACGAGGAGCCGCUCAUCCUCAGAGGGGCCGAGAUAGCCGCCACAGGAAAACUGGCCGACCCCCAGAGUCUCCUCUGCUACCAUGGCAACAGCAGUCCAGAAUGUGAGCGGUUCUCCAUCCCUCGAGCUUUCAACCAAAGUCUCGGCAGAGCUGCGGUAGGAAACAGCAUCUUGCAGCUACUUUUUCAGGUGGAGUCCAACCCCUUCCCUUUCAACUACAUCUCCAAUUAUGCCGUCUCCACCGAGGUGGCGUCCAUGGAGUUUCGCACCGAAAACGGCACCCACAUCCCCAUCUCUGGGCUCGACGACAGCAUGGCCAUCACGGUCGCCAUUAGCAACAGCAGCAGCAGUGGGGAAGCGGGCGCCGAGGGUCCUGGGGUUGCUGGAGUCCCCUCGGCCACAGCAGUAAACGUCAGCCGCUGUGACUCGGUGGUGGUCAAGGUCAGCGCGGGAAACGGCAACAGACAGGCGGGUCUGUUUGUCCAGCUCAACUUCACCGCCAUCGAAUACGCAAACGAGAUUGACGAAGAUGAAAAAGUGGAGGAGGAGCCGUAUCUGACCGCCUACCUCCAUUCCCACGAGGAACCCAACGAGUUCAACUGCACGGACAGGAAGCGCAUCACUCUCAGUAUGACCAGAGGGCACGACCACAGGAAGUACACCUUCUUCCUGUCACCAGAAUCCUACGACACCACUCAGGAUUACUUCAUCAAUGUUAGCACGCCGUGCGGCCCUGAUUCUCAGCCCGCCCGUGUUCGCCUGGAGGUCGGGGUGUUUGCCGCUCUGUGUCAGUACUUCAGCGAGGCCGAGAAGCAGUGGAGGACGGACGGGAUGGUGCCGCUGGCAGAGACCAACUUCAGCAGAACCGUCUGCCGCACCAGACACCUCACAUCGUUUGCCGCGGGCCUUUUUGUGCCGACCAACGCCAUUAGCUUUAUAACGCCAGAGCGUUCAGGUCCACCAAGCCUGAUUGUGCUGCUGGUGUGCAUACUGGGCUUGCUCAGCUACGUUGUGGCAGCAGCCAUCUUGCACAAGUUGGACCAGCUGGAUCUUCGCCGGGCAGGUGUGGUUCCACUCUGUGGCCAGAACGGGAGCUUCAAAUACGAGAUCCAGGUCAAAACUGGCUGGAGCCGAGGGGCAGGUACGACGGCUCACGUAGGAAUCAGCCUGUACGGACGAGAGUGCCGCAGCGGACACCACCAUCUUGACAGCAAAGGAGCGUUCACGCGCAAUGCUCUUGAUAUCUUUCAUAUCGCCACGGACACCAGCCUGGGCAGCGUGUGGAAGAUCCGCAUUUGGCACGACAAUAAAGGCCUGUCUCCGGCGUGGAGGCCGCAGUAUGUGUUGGUCAAAGACUUGCAGACUGAAAGCAGCUACUACUUCCUGGUUGAGGAGUGGCUGUCAGUCGACAAUGAGAGAACCGGCGGACGAGUGGAGAUCGAAGUGGAGGCCACAGAGGAGGCUGCGCUUCGUCGUCUGCCUCGACUCCUGAGGUCCGAGCUGCAGAGAGCGCUGUGUGAGAGUCACCUUUGGCUGUCUCUGUGGGAGAGGCCCCCUCGCAGCCCCUUCACCCGCCUGCAGAGAGCCACAUGCUGUGCUGUGCUGCUGCAGCUCAUCCUGCUGGCAAACACCCUGUGGUACAGUAUCAUAGUGGACAAAAGGUACAGCCAGAGGGCGGUUUCCCACCAUUCCUCGCUGAGCGGAGAGACGCUGGCAGCCGGUGUGGUGGCCUGUCUGACCGUCUACCCCCUCUACCUGCUGGUCUUCACCGUGUUCAGAAUGAGCCGCAGCAAGUCUGUGACCGUGGAGCAGGUGUCGUCACAAGUGGAUCAGGAGUCGGUUGAGAUCGACGACCUCCUGGAAGACUCUAUGGGAGGAAGUUCUUUCCUCUUUUUCAACGGAGAGACCAACUCGGAGGAAACAUACGUGGAUCUGCCGUCUCCGUCUAUCAAGAGCGAGGACACCUGGGACAUGCCAGAGGAGGACACGGAUGACCGGGACUGGCCGGAGCUGAUGAGUGAAGAAUCGGUGAUGGGAGGGGCCGGACACGGGGCGGGGAUGCCCAGGCUGAAGAGGGUGAAAGGGAGCAGGUACCUGGGGGACGACAUGACCCUUAACCCCGAGGAGGAUGAAGGAUCCGAUCCGCAAUACACCAAACAUUUCACCUCAUCAGAUGAGGAUCUGAUCAAACACAUCCUGGAAGACGGGCAAAACUUCUUUCCUCAGGCAGACGAGAGCGAGAUGGCCGACCUGUCAAGUAUUUUUGGGGACAAGACAGAAGUGAUUCUCCUUCAGAAACUCAGUGAGCCUCUUACUCUCGAAUCCAUCAGGAGGGAUCCACCGAAAACGGCUUUCACCUCAAAUACAGGUCUGUUUCGCAAAGUGUGUGUAACUCUAACCCCACUUUAUCUGUGGAAAAUCACAAGUAUUUCAGAGCUGAAACGAUUAAUCGUGAUCAGGGGCACCGCCAGGAAUCUUGGGCCCCAUAACAAAAAAUUA